AUGGUCAGCGGGUCAGCAGAGUCAGACUUGGACUGUGUCUCCAAAACAGACUCUCUGUCUUCCCUGCGGGCUGAGCUGAAGCUGCAGAGGUCACCUGCGCCGCGGGGUUCUGCAGGGCGGGGCAGGUGUGGUCUGAGGCAGGUGCAGGUGAAGGUUUCGGAGCUGGGGCUGGGUUACCUCAGCCAGGAGGAGCUCGUGUUCCGCUACUGCAGCGGCCCGUGCCUCAACUCCAUCACCAACUACGACAGAAUCCUCACCAGACUAGCCACAGGCCGCAGGAGCAUCCUGCAGGGGGCGCCACCUACAGCCUGCUGCAGACCGACUGCAUACGAGCGCCACCUGGCGUUCCUGGGCGACGACCUGCUGUACCACAUACUCAGAAAGCACUCAGCCAGACGAUGUGGAUGUGUGUGA